AUGGUAUCGUACAAGGAGGAUUUUACGCGUGAUGGGCGCAGGCGCGCCCCACGACCUCUUUUUGGUGUAAAUAUCAUCCGGCCCUUCCCGUGGAUUCGUGUCUUGGUUGGCAUUGGUGCCAUGGCGUUCGUGUUUCGGCAGCAGUACAUGUCAUAUUACUACCUCUCGCCCGAAGAACGGUUUAUGCGCAAGAUUGUCGUAGCUCCCUACGGCGUUCUUGGAAAUCAGAUGACACUUCAGGGUGGAAUGAUCCGCGCCGGUAGUGAACCAGACGAGAGCGUUGUUGUGGUAGACUCUGCCGACAUGCGUCAUAUCUUUGCUACAGCUGAUGGUGCAACAGGGGCCUCGGGGGCCAUUUACAACUGGCUGAGGCUGCGUGGACCUUUCCCGGACGAAGUCGUACGGGCGAUAUCGCGUGUUUGUGACGCCAAAUGGUUUCGGUAUGGUGAAAAAAAUGUGAUUCAUGUCAUUGCACCGGACUUCCGAGAGGGCACGUGGUCGGAGCGAGAGGCCGUACUGGAGCUUUCCCGUGCAUACCGCAAUGUAUUGCAUGAGUUUGUGAUGAGUGAAGCCGACGCGUUGCGUGUCGCCCCAAUUUCUCACGGGGCACAGUCAGGACCAAUCUACAAUCAGUUACCACCCAUCACUCAAUCAGCACUGAACAUGGCCUUUGAGCAGCUGCAUGUCUUUGACCGGGAGUAUCUGCUGAGGCAAGACAAGAAUAUCGAGCUCUGCAUCUUUAUGAACAGAGAAUGGGACAUGUACCAGAAUGUCUUCAAGGCUCACAAGCAGUUGUUGACAUUUUAG